GGCGAGAACGGGCCGUGAGUCAAGAGUGAAAGAGUACGGCACUGAACGAGAAGGUUGAGGAGAGGAACGGAGUUGAGAAAAAGGAUGAGUCGCGUUGUCAGCGCGGGGCUCAAGGACGUGCGCGCAUGCGACGCAACUGUCGAGUGAGUGGCAGCGUGCUGCGUGUUCUCACUUACGACGACGUCCGUUUCAGGUCUGUCGCCACCUGAUGCGCAACUGAUACUUAAGACUUGCCGUAAGACCAUCCCUCUACACUAUACGUCGGACUAUACGUCGGACCCUAACCGUGACUUCUUUUUCAUUGGAGUAACCUUACUGUGCUGCAGAUUCGCCCACGACUCGACUCGAUAGAGGUGGAGAUAGCCAGCCAUGAGCGCUCUUCUCGAGGGAUUCGCCCUUUCAUCCCUCUGGGACUGGCGGUGGAUCACCACUGCGCUGGUCUUUACAGUAUCCUACUUUGUCGGACGUUUCUACCAUCGGGUGUCCAAGUAUCCCAGGGGACCGUUUCCUUUGCCGCUGGUCGGAAACCUUCUCAGUCUUCGCAAUGUCAACUUGCCGAUCAAGACGAUCGAAUGGUCCAAGGUGUACGGAGACGUCUUCACACUGUGGAUGUCCCACAGGCCCAUGGUUUUUCUUAACAGCUAUGAUACCAUACGCGAGGCAUCAGUCGACCGCCGGCAUGAGUUUGCUGGGCGCUUUUCAACUAAGAUGGGUGCCCUACAAACCCAGGGAAAUCACGAUAUCAUCUUCGAGGAUUACAACCCACGUUGGAAAGCACUUCGAAAGGUGGCCCUCCUUGCUGUAAGGAAGUACGCCGUCAGUGAGUCCCUCGAGAAGCUGUGCACGGAGGUCGUCGACGACUACGUGGACUCCCUGAAAGAGGGCCCGCAGCUUGUCGAAUCAAGGGAGCCGUUUCUACAUAUCCUGUUCACCCUCAUCGGAGUUUCUGUCUACGGCACAACGGUGGAGGAAGCAAAAAAGGAUAUCAAGCUUAUGGAAGAGCUCAACCGCAAGUUCUAUGAGAUCGCCCCUAACGGUCUGCCAAGCGACAUCGCACCCUGGCUGGGAAUAUUGUACCGGCGCAGAGAAAAGGCGAUAGAAGAUCUCUUUCGGGAUUUCACUGAAACCUUUGAGAAGUUGUUCAGCGCGGCUGAAGCCACUUACGCACCGGGGAAGACGGAGAACUUCACUCAUGCCAUGUUGUCUGCUCGCGAAGAUGCUAUACGUGAAGAAAAGGGUGACGCCGAAUAUCUGACCAAAGGCAACAUGGUCCAGGUCGUUUUCGACAUAUUUGGAGCCGCUAGCGACACUUCGGCCGGGGAACUUCAAUGGCUGUUUUUGAUGAUGGCGAAAGAGCCGCAGAUUCAAGCAAAGAUACAAAAGGAAAUUGAGGACGCAAUUGGAAGCACGCCGCCUGUCUACAAGGACAGGGAAAAGAUGCCCUUCACCGUUGCCUGCUUGAUGGAGACUCUUCGAUGCUUUCCUGUAGCUCCCCUCGGCCUACCGCACAACACCACUACGGACACUAAAGUCGGAAAGUUCGAGAUACCCAAGGACACGGGCAUAUUCUACAACGUGUAUGCUGUCAACAUCGAUCCUAAGCUGUGGGACGAGCCGGAAAAAUUCCGUCCAGAGCGCUUCCUGGACCCCGUCACCGGCAAGCUCCGCCGAGAUCCCUUCCCGCUGGUUAGCUUCGGCAUGGGGCCGCGGACGUGUCCCGGGGAGAAGCUGGCACACGUCGACAUGUUCUACAUCCUUGUGCGGCUCUUGCAGCGGCUGAGUGUCCGUGCAGACGAAAAGCCACCCAAGUUGGACAUUAGUGGCCUUGGUUCGAACAUCUUUCUGGUUCCUGCUGAACAGAACAUCGUCUUCACUAGAAGGAAUUAAGUCGUCCAAAUUGUCGGAAAGAGGGCGCUAUUGUUAUAUACGUGCGGACAUUUUCCACCAUUCACAAGUAGUCCACUAUUCCGUCUUGAAUGAUCGACUACUUGUGUGCAAUCACGGCUGAAGUCUAGUUUUAUUCUGGCUCUCGCAUCUAUUCGGGCCAUUUCUUCCACACUAGUGUAAACGUUCAAACAGAAGGUCUUCAAUGGUCUCGAAAGUUCUCAAGAUGGAAGACUGUACAAAAUCUAGAUGUUAUGAAGCUGUUCGGCCGCGACUCUUUGAAAGGUAAUAGUAUCCGUUAUCACGUUUUAAAUUAUGUGGAAUCACAUAAGAACUCUACAAAAGGCUAAGGCACCUGUUUUAUAAACGUGCACUUUUCACAGUUUGGCACCAUGUUCUUCUUCUUGGUGGGGUUUUAGGUGCCAAAAAAAUUCUGAUUAUGUGGCACACCGUAGUGGAGGGCUCCGGAUUAAUUUUGACCACCUGGGGUUCUUUAACGUGCACUACAACGCAAGCGCACGGGCGUUUUAACACGAAAGUGUUUUAUGCCGGGGUCCACCAAGACUUCACUGACGUAUUUACGUC